AUGUUGAGACGUUUACCACAGGGCAUUGAAAAGGUUCGAAAUCUUAGUAUUUUGGAUUUGUCGCAUAACAUGUUAAUGUAUCUGCCAGCAGGGAUUAUUAAUUUGCGACUGCAAACUAUAGAUAUUUCAAUGAAUCCAUUAGUAGCCAGUCGCUCAAAUUGGAUUAAUAAGAUAAUUUUCCCAAGCCUUAUUCAGUUUGCAGCAAAAGUACUACAGCAAUAUUGCAGAGAUAAAUAUAUAAUUUUUCAAUGGGAUAAAUUGAAUGAACAUAUAAGUAAAAAUAAAAUCAAUAAUUGCAUCUAUUGCGGAAACAUUUGUACAACUCCCUACGUAUACGCAGCGGAGCCAUUGCAACCUAUAUUUGAAAUAGCUCUAAUCGUAAUAAGACAGACAUCAGAAAUGCCAGUAGUAUUAUAUGAAUUUUACUAUUGCUUUCCUGAAUGUAGAGAGGACUACUAG